AACACUAGACUUCCAAAAAUCAAAACUUUAGGGUUUCAGAGCAAACUCUGUCUUCUUCAAGCCGAGAGCGAAAACCCUAAGCUCAAUUCCGAUUUUGCAACUAUGAGUCGUUCAGGUACAUGGAUAAGAAGCUCCAAAGUAAGUUCAAUAUCUUCAUCUUCUUUUAUCGAUAGUUAGGGAACUUCAGUUUUGUAUAACACAUUAGCUGAGAUGUGAUUGCAACUUUAUUCUGUGAAUCGAACUGGAUUUGGUAUUACUGAUUUUAGUUAUAGUGUCUAGAAUCGAACUCAAAGUAGUUUUUUUUUGGUGAUUGUGUUUUGAUUUUAGCAAAGAGUGGAUUUUUUCUUGAUGUGUUGAGAUUGAUGAAUUGUAUUUGAAAUGCAGUCAAGCUUAAUGCUAACCGAAUGGUUACUGGAACUCUUCGUGGGUUUGAUCAGUUCAUGAAUCUUGUUGUGGAUAACACUGUUGAGGUGAACGGUAACGACAAAACCGACAUCGGGAUGGUGGUGAUUAGAGGAAACAGCAUUGUCACUGUUGAAGCUCUUGAACCAGUGGGCAGAUCUUCUUAGCUCGUUAUAUUCAUUGGUUAUGAUCUUUUUGUACUAAGCACUAGCUAUGAGAAAUCUUGGUGGUAGAUUCGCAGUUACGAUGAAUUGAUUCUGUAAGAAGUCUACAUGAAUACUCUUUUCUUGUACUAAAAAGAUUGCAAUGAACCCCCACCGAUGAAUGUGAUGGCUUGUACUUUUCACUCUUGAUACAAUGCUCAAACCUCUAUUAGUCAUC